AUGUUGGCCAUGAAAGCUAAGUUUUUUUAUAAGGAAAUUAUAAAAAAAGAUGAUUUUGUGGCUAGCAAGGGAUGGUUAGAACGUUUUAAAAGUCGUCAUGGCAUACGUUUAAUGACUAUAACAGGAGAGAAACUUUCUAAUGAUGCUACCUGCAUAGAGCCAUUUAAAUUAAGAUAUUUGCAAAAGGUGAAAGAUUUAAAUCUUAACCCAUCACAAGUGUACAAUGCAGACGAAUCAGGACUUUUUUGGCGUGUGAUACCAAACAAAACUUUCGUUUCCUUUAACGAAAAAUCCGUACCUGGGCGAAAAGUAAGUAAAGAGCGUGUAACCAUACUACCAUGUGCAAAUGCUGCGGAUACACACGCGCUAAAAAUGGUGGUCGUUGGAAAAUUGAAUAAACCACGUGCAUUCAAAAACAUUGAUUUGCCUGUACAUUAUUAUGGUCAAAAAAGUGCGUGGAUGACAAAAGACCUUUUCAGGAAGUGGUUUGAUGAAUGCUUUGUACCAGAAGUUAAAAAAUGGUUGAAAAAUCAUAAUUUUCCUCAAAAAGCGUUAUUGCUUAUUGAUAACGCUCCCGGUCAUCCGUCUGAAGAAGAACUGACAACUGAGGAUAAAUGCAUCACUGCGAUAUUUCUUCCACCAAACUGCACUGCACUGAUUCAACCAAUGGAUCAGCAUAUCAUUCAGUUUGUCAAGCAAGAUUAUAAGAAAAAUCUACUUCUGAAAGCUGUAUCAAAAGAUCAGCCAAUAGAAAAAACUUUAAAAGAAUUCAAUAUGAAAGACUUGGUUUUUGCUCUUUGUCAAUCGUGGAAUGCAUUACCUUCGUCAACUAUUACAUCGUCUUGGAAAAAGUUAUGGCCGGAUAUAGUCACCAGUCCUAGCAACGAUCCGCAAAUCAGUGUAACUUCGGAAGUAAUAGAGAAAGUUGCUGCUGAAACACAGAUAAGAUCGCAAGAUUUGGAAAUCUGGUAA